GAGGCCAGAGGCCCCUGACAUAAUAACACACACACACACACACUAACACAGGAGGGGUCACAUCUCUGGUGUUAAAAAUAGCAUGUUGUGUCACACACACACAGUCACAGCUCGGUGUGAGUUUCAGUCUCAGUAAACAAGCUGCUGGACGUUAACAGCAGACAUGGGUUUUGGGCGGAAGGUGGACGUCCCGGUCAGUGACCUGUCUGUGAUCAGAGGGCUCUGGGAGGUCCGAGUGAAGAAAUACAGACAGAGACAGAAGAAGGAACAGCAGAGGGUUGAGAAGAGCGCCCUCCCCAGGAUCAACCAGCAGUGGGAGUAUCGCAUCUACUGUAAGAGCCUGAAGCCCGAAGAACAGCAGCUGCUGCGUCAGUACCUGGAGAGAUCUACACGGCCCGAUACACAGGAGUACACAGGAUCAGACCAGCAGCAGGAUCUUCAGGAUGCAGACGUUGACCUGAAGCUGCAGCUGGACGGAGACAGUUGGAAGGAGUUCCCCGGGGAUCUGCGGUGGAGGACCUACCUGAGGGAGUGGCACGUCUCAGGGACAAAGAUCUGCCGGUUGCCUGAGUACCUGUCUCUGUUCACUCAGCUCCUCGUGCUCCAGAUCCCAAAGAACUCCAUCGAGGAGCUGCCGCCUGCGAUCGGUGAGGACACGAAGCUUUCAGGCAAACUCACAGGGUUGAGGGAAUUGAACGUCAGCUACAACCGUCUGUCCAAAGUUCCUCCAGAGCUCGGACACUGUGAAAACCUGGAGAGACUCGAACUUGCGGGAAACUACAACCUGUCGGAGCUGCCGUUUGAGCUGAGCAGCCUGAAGCGCCUGGUGCACCUGGACAUUGCGGAGAACCGGUUUGUGUCGAUCCCCGUCUGCACUCUGAGGAUGAGCGGCCUGCAGCUGUUGGACCUGAGCAACAACGGUCUGAGUGACCUGCCGCAGGACAUGGACAGGCUGGAGCAGCUGGUCACUCUGUUCCUCCAUAAGAACAAACUGUGGUACCUCCCCCACUGUCUCUCCAACAUCAGCACGCUCAAGAUGAUCGUGGUCAGCGGCGAGCAGCUCACCUGCAUCCCGACCAGACUGUGCAGCAACCCCGACAUCAAGUUCAUUCGACUUUGCGACAACCUGGCGAAGAAGAAAGAGGAGAAGAAAGAAAAGAGCAAGAUGAGGAGGUGGAGAGAAGCAGGGAAGGAGGAGGUGAAGAAGGACAGCAGAGAGAAGGAGUUCAUCGAGGCGUACAUCAGCACACUGACAGACAGAGUUUGUCCCUCACCAGACACCGUCCCGUACUCCACCACCAAGGUGUCCAUCUCCUGCCUGCUGUGAGGAGGAGGAGGAGGAGGAGGAGGAGGAGGAAGGGUUCGCACCAUGUGACAGUUUGAUACUUUUAUAAAUUAAAAAUUAAAAUGACUCAUGUUUAAGUCACAGUAAAUAAAAGUUUCUGAAUUUAGUCAUAAAUUCAAACUACACAAGUCUAAAUGAAAUUGUUUCUGAAAUAUAUAAAAAAGUUCUGAGAUAUGAGAGAAAUCCGAUUUGUACAUUUUAAAAUCAGAACAUUGAGGGAUUUUGUAUAUUUCAUUUGGUUUUGAAUUUGUUUUGUCAGGAAUGAGAUUCUUUAAUCUUUUUAGGUUUGAUUUAAUGUUUUGGUUUUGUAAUGAACUCCUGCCGAGUGAGUGAAUCUUUUUUCUUUUGUUUUCAGAUUCACUUCACAAAAAUAACUUUUCAUUCCAAAAAACGGAUUUUCAACAUAGAAACAAUUCAUCUCAGACGUUAGAGCUUCAUCCGCCGGUUUCACAAACAUUUUUAAAUCUUAUCUUUGAUCCAUAUUGACCUUUGAUUUUCUGGGAUUUGAGAGAAACUUGUCACAGUCGGUUAAAAACUGGAUUCAUCAGUUCAAAGAGUAAAAGAGAAAAAGCUCUGAUAGAUUUAACAUUGACAUUCAAACAGGAAUGAAUCUGUUUGGUUCAUCGUGUUACACAAUGUGUUCUUCUGGUGAUUCAAUGUAUUUCAGGUCAAAUAUGUUUUUAUUUGUUAGACAGUGUGAAGUUGUUAAAGUUGAGCUGCAACCCAAUUAAGUAAUAGUUAAAACGUGAGUAAAAAAACACUGAUGUUAUUUCCAUCAUUAUCUUUAGUUUUAUCUUGUUAUUUGUAUUCAUGUGCUGCUCGGAUACUGAAACGUGUGUUUGUGGUCGUGUCAGUUUUAAAAAUGGAAUAAAUGUGGUUUGUGAAAAAUAAAGUGUUCUGAUCUUCAA